CGGGGAUUCAUCUUUCCGCAGUCCGUGCGCAUCGUCUGAGCUUUCAAUGCUGAACUGCUCAAGGACACAGACAUGGCUUGGCCGCAGUGCUGACUGUCUGAAUGAGGACACCUCUCGAUUCCUCAAUCCGCAUCAUGACGAGAAGCGCGGCGAGGUCAGCGGCUAUAACACGGUGUUUCUCGAGGCUGGGAAUUGAUGGUUCCGAGGAUGAUUUCCAGCCGGCUGGGACAUACCACGUGUCUGAGAUUUGAAAUAUUCUUGUUGUCCACAGAUUCAUAGAUAGAAAGUAUACACAUGAGUAUGGCUGACUCAAACGCGAUGUCGUGCCGAGCUCCUGAACUGCACGCGCCACUUAGUGAUGAACAGAGACAGGAAGCAGCGAAGCUGGCCGGCCAAUGAUGUCAAUCAGGCUGUGAACAGUGAGACCAAGGAACUCCGGCUACUUAUA